GGGAAGGAAGAGACCGUGUCUUGAGACACGUGUUGUGUUGUGGGUGUUCAGAAGCAAACCCGCGUCUCUCUCCCUUCUUCGAUUUCGUCGACGACGAUCUCAUCACAGAGCCGGCGAUGGAGUCCAGCGUGUCGGAAGUGCGAGCCUUGUAACGAGUGGAGGUGGAUUUCAAUUUGAAUCGGAGGUUAUUCUGGAUCUGCUCUCCUCCCUUCGUCUUCACAGAAACCAUGUCGGACACUCUGAUAAAUGGAUUGGCUGGAGCUGGGGGUGGGAUCAUCGCUCAACUCCUCACUUAUCCUCUCCAAACUGUACAUACGCGGCAACAGACGGAGCGUGAUAUCAAGAGGGAGAAGAGGAAGCUUGGAACUAUCGAACACAUGUGCCAGGUUGUGAAACAAGAGGGAUGGGAGCGUUUAUACGGUGGAUUGGCUCCGUCUCUCGCUGGAACCGCGGCGUCACAGGAUGUUAACUGAUCGCCAAAAAUUCUAGCGGCAGUUACGAUAAUCGGCGGCGACUAUUUUUACGGUUACGGCUUGAUUCAGCGUUGACGCUAGAUUCUUGAGGACGAAGUAUUCGGAGCCGCUGACGCUAGAUUCAGCGUCUAUCAAAAGAACAGAGCUAUAGACAUUUCUUCUUGGAGCUGUGGCUAAACUCGGAGCAACAGUCACAACUUAUCCUCUCUUGGUUGUAAAGUCACGACUUCAAGCCAAACAGGUCACAACAGGGGACAAAAGACAUCAGUACAAAGGUUCUUGGUUGUACAAUAUUGUCUCCUAAUUAAAAGUUAAAUAUUUCCUCUUCAGCUUAGGCUUGUUAUAGCUCCAUGCUCAGAGAAAGCGCUUGCUCUAGACAGUUGAACGCUUUCUUGUAGCUCAAGAAACCCAUAAAUCAGAAAUCAAAGCCAUCCACCGUGACUACUUCUAGGUAGUUCUGACAUGGCUUCUUCGUGUUCACACUCUGGUUCACUCUGAUCUUGGACAAUGGGAUUGACACUUUGUAGUGAACCCUAGUUCAAUGUUAUGUUAUGUUUCUUAAGCUCAGACUUCUUCCAAAUAA